AUGACUGAGGAUAAAGACUCCAAUUCCAUAUCUCAGGCAACCAUCACAUCAUAUGGAACUCUCAAAACGCUGUCAAAUAACACCAUAAUUAAUAACGGUGAUUAUGAAUCAGAUCAAAGUCACGAAGAAAACGAUAAUUAUUGUUCCAGUGAAUCAUCUAGAAUAGGUAAACAAAACAUUCUGGAAGAAGAGCAAAGCUCGGAAGGAAAGCAUAAUAAUGACCACGAUAUCUUAGAGGCCUCAAAUUCUGACAGUGGUAAUCGCAGCGAAUCAAAUGACGGAAAUGAUAAUGGUGGCAAUAACGUUCCAAGCACCAAUGCUGACAUUAACCAAGAUCCCUUAAAUAUCAAAGAAUUAUCCCUCAAUUUUGAUUAUCUUGUGUAUAAAGUGAAUGACAGAAUCAAGACGCUUUCUGAGAAAGCCCAGCUAUCGACUACUAGGUUCAAGGAGAACACAGAGAUCACAAUUCUUGAAAUUGAUAAAGUCAUCCAAAAUUAUUAUGAAAUUAUCAAGAAAUUGGAUGAAAUCAACAAUGAUUUCAGUAAAAUUGAACAGUUGUCUAUGAUCAUAGAAGAGUUUGCUCCAAGAAUCAAAGAGCUUGAGAUGUUCUUUAGUGAAGAGUAG